AUGAUACACAAGAUCAACAAGGGUUUCUCCAAGGACAUUAAGCUACCAAAGUCAGCUUAUCUAGGAUAUAUCAAGGAUUAUGAAGGGGCAACACUUAUGGGAUGUGAACUUAACCCUAGAAUCUGCUGUACCGAGUUCUCUAAGACAAUACGCAAACAGAAAGAGAUUGUAAAGAAAAUAAUAGAACAAAAGCAAGAAAAGUUCACGAAGGUGUAUCCAGAUUUGACGUGUUUUAAAGACGGAGUACGACAUAUUCCUAUCGAGAGUAUUCCAGGUCUUCAAGACUGUGGCUGGAGACCUGCACCUGAUAAACCGAAGGAACCUGUAAUGGACUCGGAUCAGCUCUACAACAUCUUUAAAACAAUUCUACAGCACUACAAGCCAAAUUAUAUACUAGCAUUGUUAAUAGAAAAAAACAACUUCCCUGUGUUUUACAGACUCAUGCUAGUGCUAUGGCCUUUCCUGAAACCAGUGGAGAAAGCUGAAGCCCCUGAUUAUUAUGAUUACAUCAAGUUUCCUAUGG